AAAUUGUAUUUGGAAGUACGAUUAGAUUACCUAAUGAGUUUUUUAUGCAGUCAUCAGUGGCAACAGACCCUUGUUCCUUUGCUGAAACACUAAAGAAAACAAUGGAAACCAUACGCCCAGUGUCAACUUCAAACCAAGGAAGUAAAAAUGUUUUUAUAUAUAAAAAUCUAGCAUCCUGUUCACACGUUUUCGUUCGGGUCGACCGGGUCAAGAAACCGCUAGAACAACCAUAUGAAGGGCCGUACAAAAUUGUUCAACGAUACGAAAAAACCUUUAAAUUAUUAAUUAGGCAAAAAGAAUGUAUCAUAUCAAUAGACAGACUGAAGCCAUGUUUCAACGAAAAUGAAGAUAAUAACACAAAUCUAUCAAUAACAACGAACCAGCAAAACCAGAGAAAUACAACUACAAGACCAACAAUAAUACAAACAAAACAAACCAAGUCAGGAAGAACCAUCCGCCUCCCCGUAAGGUUUUUGUAAAUUGUUUAAAGUAUCAAAAAUGUCUCCAUCACAUACACAUCCUUUACGACAAAACCAUAAAUUGCUUCAUGAAACUAUUAAUGAAGAGAAUUGUAGACAGAAUUUUUGCUUUCAACAAUUUUUUCAAUUCCUGAGAUUGAUAGAAGUGUACUCGACACCAUCAACACAAGAUUUAAGGAAAAUCUUCACUCAAAAACCAUGGCACAUACUCCAAUAUAUAUAAACAACAAUCACUGGAUCAUAGCAGUGGUAGACAUACAACAUCGCGAAGUAAUCUGCAAUGACAGCCUGGAUUGUCAUGAUAAAAAGGACAUAACAUAGCUUCAACAGUUCAUGAUAGAACAUGAACAACGUAUAAGUAGAUCUAAAUCCAUAUGGCCAAUAUUCAGAGAGACUACAAUUCAUGAAAACAACUAUGAUUGUGGACCAUGGAUCCUGAAAAUUGCUGAAAAAAUAUCCAGUGGAGACCUAUCUCUCCCUGACAAAAGCAACAUGAGGAAAAUAAGACGACUACUACACAGCAAAUGUUUAGAAGAAGGUAUAAUACAUUUCUGUGGCUUGGUGCAAGAAGGGCCAAUGUCAUAUUUUGACGAAAUUGAGAUUAUCGGGCCAAUAUUUUCGUUUUUUCUUUUUUUAUAUUCUAAUAAAACGGCUAAUGUAUUAGAAGGAGUGUGACCAACUUACAUUCAAGAUUGGCCAUUUUAAUUUUCGUCAUUAAACAUAACUAUUAUUUUGAAAAAAGGGCUUAUCAUUACAUUGGCUAGAUAUCAAUAAAAUUAUUAAUUGAAAAAAUGGCCAAUGUGUAGUUAGGACUAAUGGUAUUGUGGUACAAACUGACUUCGGCCUUUUUCACAUUGUUUACUGACAGAUAACGUUAUUUGAUUAUAUUGAUAAUAAAUUAUUAUAUUUUUGAUUUUUCAUACUUUCUGGUCACUACUAAAAUCUAAGUGUUACCAUUUACUGUGUUUCUACGUAAUAAGCUAAUAAUUAUAAAUGAAAAUGUGAUCAAAUGCAAAUCAAAACUAUGAAUUCAAGAACUAGACGGUUAAUGCAAAUGUGUCAAACUAGUUCAACGUCUGCAAAUUCAAGUAAAAACGGAGAAGAAUGUUAUAGUACUGACUCAGAUUCAAUCACUGAUAUCAAUGAUUAUUCAUCAGAUGAGUAUGUCCCAUGUAAAAAUAAAAUCGAUAGUUAUUCAUUUAACUCGGAUUCUGACAACUCAAUUAGUGUUGAAAUUAACGAAAUUGAUAAUAUUAACACAGAAAUACAAAAUGAUGCUUAUUCUGAAAAAUGUACUGUCAAUAUUGAACAAAAUUGCACUUCUGAAGAACGUCAUAAUAACUUUACUACUGAGCAAGAGAUUAACAAUAUUGAAACAAAUUAUUCUGUAAUACAGAGUUGUUCUGCUAGUACUAAUAUAUCACAAAAGAAAAGGGGACGUCAAAAACAAGAGGGUCCUAAAACUAGAAAACGUUUAAGUAAUCCAAAAACAUGGGUAAGAAAUAUUGAAAAAUCAAAAAAAACAAAAGGUGAAGAAUAUGUUAAUACAAAGGGACAAUUAGUUGCUAAAAAAACUUUACAACCACCAUGUUCUUGUAGACUAAAAUGCUCAGAAAAAUUUACUCAUGAGCAAAGAGAAAACAUUUUUAAAAAUUUCUAUAACCUUCCAAAAGAUAGUCAAAUGCAGUUCAUAGCUUCAUCGGUUAUUGAAACAAAUAAAAAAUUGGAAAGGCUCAGAAAUGAUAAAAAAAUGAUGAGUAGAAGAAAUUUUACAAGAUCAUACUAUCUUUCAUCUGGGACUGAAAUUAAUAUAAAAGUAUGCCAAGUUAUGUUUCUAAAAACAUUAUGUGUUACAUUAAAAGAAGUAAGAAAUAUUGUUGAAAAUAAAAGAUUGACCAAUUCUGGGAUGUGUAAAAUAGAUAAUAGGGGCAACCAUAGUAACCACAUUAAAACUGAUGAAAAAGACAAACAAAUUAUACGUAAUCAUAUUAAUAUGUUUCCUUCUUUUGAAAGCCAUUAUUCAAGAUCACAUUCAGAAAAAAAAUAUCUAAAUCCAGACCUUUCUAUAUUAAAAAUGUAUCGAUUGUAUAAAAAUUACUGUGAGGAUAUCAAAACAAAGGCCCAGAGUGAGCCAAUGUAUAGAAAAGUUUUUGUUGAAGAAUAUAAUUUAUCAUUUAAAAAACCAAAUAACGACACUUGCAAUCAAUGUGACAAGUAUGAAAUGUUAAUGAAAACUGCAACUGAUGAUGAAACUCGAGUAGAAGCAGAAACAAAUAAAAACAGUCAUUUGGAAAUGGCUGAAGCAUCUUAUAAGGAAAAAGAAAAAGAUAAGAACCUAAGUUUAUCUAAUUCUAACAUAACAACUAUUUCAUUUGACCUACAAAAAUGUCUUCCCACGCCAAUGUUGUUAAAUAGAGUAUCAUUUUACAAAAGACAACUGUGGACCUUUAAUUUGACUCUUUAUGAAACAUCUGAAAACCAGUCUAGGCCUAUUUGUUACUUAUGGGAUGAAACAAUAGGUGCCAGAGGGGGUCAAGAAAUAGCAUCUUGUAUCUUUAAACACCUUUUUGAAGAAUUAAAAGAAGAAACAGAGAUUGUUAAUUUAUACAGUGACUGCUGUUGUCCUGGUCAAAACCACAAUAUAUACAUGGCAGUUAUGUUUUUGGAAGUAGUAAAAAUAUUUCAGUCAAGAGGAAGAAAAAUGACAAUUAAUCAUAAAUUUUUGCAACCUGGCCACACACACAUGAAAGCAGAUUCUAUUCAUGCUAUAAUUGAAAAAUCAAAAAAAAGUCAUGUGCCAGUAUUGAAGUACUAAGAGAUUGGGUAAAUU